UGGUGAGCUAUUAACAUCACAUACAACCGUGGGAUAGGCCACUGUGCACACAUGGCCAGCACUGCAUAAAGCACCUACUUAGGGGCGGAACUGCACAAUCCCUUAUCCCAAUGUCGAUGCGUAUGGAUUUGUGUGCAGCCGAGGGAUGGCGACAAAGCAACGAAAGGAUUUGACACUCAGGUAAAAUGUAUGAAGAAGAACAGUCCACAGCCACUUUAUGAUCGUUUUGUUCCGAACCUUCCGCCACAUUCUCGUUAAACACACACUUUGGUUCUGCUGCGCGUCACUAUGUCGUCCACUGAGCUGAACCGUACAGACUUGGGCAAAGCGCUUUGUAUCGUCACCGGGGCCUCCAGAGGCUUUGGCCGGACCACAGCGAGGGAGAUGUCUCGGCUGGUGAAGCCGGGCUCGGUGCUCGUCCUGGUGGCUCGUACCGGUGACGACCUGCGGGCUCUGCAGGCGGAGCUGGCCGACUCGGAGGCGGGUAGAGCCGGCCUCGUGGCUGAGUGCGUGGUGGCAGAUCUGGGUCAGAUGGACGGGCUGGAGAGCGUCGUCAGAGCAUCUAAAGAAGUCUUUUCUGAGGAUGUAGAUCAUGUUAUACUGGUCAACAACGCCGCCUCUCUCGGUGAUGUGUCCCGCUAUGCCAAAAGCUUCACCAACAUGGCCGAGGUGGACUCCUACCUGUCUCUCAAUGUCAGCUCCUCCCUGUGCCUCACCGCCAGAAUCCUGCAGGCUUUUCCACGGCGUCCAGGUAUGAGACGGACUGUGGUCAACAUCACCUCCCUGUGCGCCCUGCAGCCUUUCCCCUCCUGGGUGCUGUACUGCACCGGCAAGGCUGCCCGAGAGAUGAUGUUCAGGGUACUGGCAGAAGAGGAGCCAGACCUGCGGGUCCUCAACUACUCUCCAGGGCCACUCGACACAGACAUGCAGAUGGCGGCGAGGUCUGUGACAGCUGAUCCCAGCCUCAGGAAGUCUUUUUCAGACAUGUUUGCCCAGGGACGGCUACUCACCUGUGAGGCAUCCUGUGCCAAGCUGAUGAAGUUACUGCUAGAAGACACGUACACAUCAGGAGCUCAUAUCGACGUCUAUGACCUCUAGACACAGCUCGCUGCCAGGUGGCCUGGGCCAGAUUAUUGAGACGUGUGCCUUGACAUUAAAUUCUACUGAUGAGAUUGCACCAUCAGUCUUAGCUCUGUAGCUUGUAGGUUACUAUUGUUAAACAUUGUGACAAUGUGAAGUAUAGGUAUAAAGGAAUGUUAUAUAGGAAAUAUAUAAAAUAUUAUUAUAAUAUUUACAUUCCCAACAUUCCAUUCCAGAGUGGAAUUUCACUCACCCUAUGGCCCGUAAAGCUGCAGUGAAGUAUGAGAAAUAUACACAUGUACACAAAUGUACACAAUAUAUUCACAAUAUGCUACCAUCUCUGGUAGUGUGACUACACAAGACACAUGCCUCUGUUUUCCACUGACCUGAGGCAAGUGUUGUGGUUGAGAGGACACAAACCUGCUUCGCAAAAAGCCAAAAAGACGUGGCACAUUAAUAUGAAUAGAAACUUGACAAACAGAAUACACUGUUUUUAAUGGCACAGUAUUGCAGUUCCUGUGCAACACUCACAUCCCCCUGUCAGGAUAUAAUAUGGCUCGCAGAGGAGGAGUGGUUCAUAGACAGGACUCAAUAUUAGAAUGUUUUCAUUGUCUUAUUAGAGACUAAGCCAGCAACUUUGCUCUCUGACAGUUAGCGUGCUAGCUAGCUUGGUGAAGAAAAUCUCAGGUGGAGUCGCACAGUUCAUAGAGAACAGAAAGAACCACAAAGAUCUUUUGUGGCUGUCUUAACAGUAGAAGGUCCCCAUGUGGUUCUAAGCACCACUAAUUUCAAAAAGAUAGAUUUCACUGUGCUACGUUUGGUGUGAGGGGACCCUAAACCUGACUUGCUGUGUCUGCGUUGUUGUUCUUUAGUAGAUUUUCUGUCAUAUCUGCCCUCACUUUGGGAUUCAUUUAAUGAGGUGCUUAUAGUUGUAAUCAUGUUUUAACCCUAAACUGUUUACUGUAUGCUCAUGUUACCAGUUGAUAUUGACAUUUUGAUGCUGAUGUUUUCCCCUACAUUCUAACUCUCAUUGUGGUUUUAAGGUGCCUUAUGUAUAUAUCUUACUUUUUGCUUUUGUUUUUUCUGAAUACUUUGAUUACAGCGAUUAAAGUUUCUCUAAUGCUGUGCAUACGUGUUUCGAUAUGUAAGAGAAAAUGUGGACGUGUUCCAAUCUUUUUUCAGAUCUUUCACACGCCUGGCUUUUAAUUUUUCUAUUAAUAUUGAUGAGAAAUUAUUACUCUACAUGUUUUUACAUUUAUAUUUUACCAAAGUCCUAUUUUGAAUUUGUUUUUAUUGUUUUUUUUUUUGUCUUUUUGUACAUGCCAUUGAAGCCUAUUAUCUGACAAUCUUGCAUACCAGAACAGUAUAUGUAAAAAUAAUGAUGAAGGUGCAGGUACUUCUUUAAAGCUGCUUACAAUUAUAAAAUGUUUCUGAUUAUUUUAUUCACCUCUGUAAAUCCUUUAAGUGUUAAUCUAAAAUAAUGAGUAAAUUAAAAAACUGUGUGUGAAAA